GAAGAAGCUGUUCAGCUCGGGCCGUCGGGCCCAGCUGACAUCGAGGAUUUGCUCAACCUCGGUGGCGCGCUUGUCAGCGGCUUGCCACGUGGCAAAGGUCUCGAGCUCAAUCUUUCAAUAGACGCGGGAAGGGAUGUUGCUCAGGUCCCCAUACCCGGAAUGGUCCGCCGGACCCUUGAACAGCGCAGAGAAUUCUGCAGCGGUACUUUGAAGGGUGCUGGGGGUGUUCGACUGGAUCUUACCGAAGCGAUGGGACAAGAGGUCGAAACUGAGGUCCCUAGGGCAGCAGAGGCAGGCUUAUAUACAUGGGGAGAUAAGGGCAGGCUGUGCGCGCUGGUCCGUGCGCAGCUGGUCUGUGCACAGCAUGCCGAUGCGGCCCCGGGGGCCGUACAGAGGUCGCGGGUUCGAGCCCGCAAAAAGGAAAAAAUCAAAAAACGGCUAGAUGUUGUGUCAACUCGUGACAUUGUGCAUGCAUCUUGCCAUGAUGACUGUCAUUCAUCCAUGCAAAAUGGACUAUGUUUGUGA